ACAUAAUUUGACGAGACGUCCAGUAUCUCUAAAAAAUUAACAUAAUCGUUGUUUCUUCACAAAAAACUCAAACUUUUACUACAAUUAUGUCAAAUCUUCUAUUUUCAAGUUUUUGCGCCCCUUUUGAUAAAGUUUCAAGUUGUACAAGCUUAAAAAACUCGAAAAACUUAACAAGUUAAGUAAUCGUCGCUACUUCCGGUUGACAUAACAAAUAUUUUGACAUUUGAGGUUAGGUUGUAAUGGCUCGAGAUGAUAAGUUAUUUUUCCACAAAACCGUUCAACAUUUGGCCCGAUCUCUAGCCUGCAUUAAAAACACACCAUGGGAUAAGGUGCAAACCUUGUACUCCUUGUGCCCCAUUGAGACAAGCAACGGGACCAUAUCGCUAAACAGUCGGCAACAGGAUGCCGUCAUCGCCCUCGGGAUCUACUUCCUGGAGUCGGGACUCCAACACAAGGACACAAUUUUGCCCUAUAUUCUCAAACUGGCAAAAUCCCUGGGCAAGGCCACUUGGUCGGAGGAAAUCAAGCAGAAUCCCAGCGAUAGGAUACCAACCGCUGAAAAGUUCAGUUUUUGUCUCCAUACUCUCUUGUGUGACAUCGCGGUGAAAUGUGAGGAGUCUCGUGAGGAAAUAAUCGAGACACAAGUCGACUGUUUGGUGAAACUCACAAAUAAUAUUCUGAAAACACGGGAAAAUACCAAUAGUGCUGUCAAACUUUUCCUUUGCAAAACCACAGUUCCGGUUUUAAUUGGGUUGUCGCGGGCAAUGGGGCGUUUUUGCAACACCGAGCCCCCUUUAAUCUGCCGGUUGUUCCCCAAACCGGAGCCCCCUUUAACCACCAUCACCGCCAACCACGACUACAAGCGAAGUUUUAGCAAUUUCCGGUCAAUUAUACCGAGGAGUCUUUCCGGUAAUUUGACCGGAACUGUGGAAGGCUACGACACGACUGAUGUCGCUUUUAGUUCAGCUAGUCUCAAAAGGGGCUCACUUAUCAGCCAAAAUUUCGGUAAUUACGACCCUGCGACUUACUUUUUCGCCAAAUUCGGGUCCAGUUUCAAUCAAUUUCCACAUUUGAGAGUCAAUGAUUCGAAUGAUAAGAAAGUACAAAUUAUUUUCCCCUUGCAACAUUUACAAACGAUUCUUUCGUUGGCGAAAAAAUUGCUCACUAAAGAAAUGUUGAGUUUUUUGGAUGAGCAAAGUUUGGAGGUUUAUACAACGGGGAAAAUUGUCAUUUUUCCCUAUAAAACCUUCUCGGAGACGAUUAAUUUAGUCAUGGUGACUUUGAUGAGGGAGUUGUUGCAACCGCAGAAGAGUCUUCCGGUUGCGUUUACGAAAGAUGUGCAAGAAUUUGUUAAAGGGUUGUACUUAAAUGGGCAGACUGAACUCCAGAGUCGGAAUCACGAUGCAAGUGAGAAAGAAGAUCGAGAAAGUAAUUUUGCUCUUGUUAAUAAAUUUAAAGUUAAUGUGAUGGCAAAUGCCGCCUGUGUUGAUCUACUAGUUUGGGCAAUAGGGGACGAAACAGAAAUUGAUUUUUUGACAGGUGCUGAUAGUCUUUGUGGCCGUCUUACUGAAAAAAUCAACUCAAACCACGGCUACAAGCUUGUCUUAGCCCACAUGCCCCUUGUUAUGGUUUGUCUUGAAGGUUUGGGUACUUUAGCCCAAAAAUUCCCCAAUAUUGCCUCCACCUCCAUUUAUUGUCUUCGAGAUUUCCUCAUUACUCCCUCUCCCAUCCUCUCCAAACUCCAUCGACAAGCCAACGAAAAAGGAAACAAGGAGAAUCUGAAAAUUAUGGCACACGUGAAUGGUUUUAAACCCGAAACUGUCAAACCUCACAAUUCCACCCAAUCAGCAUUUGAGAAAUUGCGUGAUGCCGCUAUCGAGAAUCUGUGUUAUGCUUUAGAAGCGGCACAUAGCACUGAUGCUGAUUGUGUGAGGGCGCUAGUGGCGUCUGUUUCAAAUCGUUUGUUUCGCGCCGAAAAAAGUGACAGUGAAUCAACACUCAUUUCUACAAAUAUUGUUAUAAUGUUGGGUCACGUGGCCGUUUCAAUGAAAGGUACCCCCAAGACAACUGAUACGAUUUUACAGUUUUUCCAACAGAGAUUUUGUCGUGUUCCUUCUGCACUUGAUACACUCAUUGUUGAUCAAUUGGGUUGUAUGAUUAUUGCACAAUGUGAAUCACAUGUGUAUGAAGUUGUUAUGAAAAUGUUUACGAUGAUUACGGUGGAGAGUAGCAAUGCGGCUUAUGGGAAUCCCACCAAUGAGAAGGCACAGUAUAGACACGUUUCGCAUCCCGUAAUCAAUGCCCUCGCCAACAUUGCAGCCAACAUUCAAAGCGAGUCCCAAAUGAACGAACUACUAGGCCGUCUCCUCGAACUCUUCGUCCAAUUAGGACUCGAGGGUAAACGCGCAAGUGAGAAAUCCCCUGGGGCUCUAAAAGCCUCAAGUUCGGCUGGUAAUUUAGGCGUUUUAAUCCCUGUAAUUGCCGUUUUAUUACGCCGUCUUCCCCCUAUAAAAAAUCCCAAACCAAGGAUACAUAAAUUAUUUCGGGAUUUUUGGUUAUAUUGCGUCAUUAUGGGAUUCACAGCCUCCGAUUCGGGAUUAUGGCCGAAGGAAUGGUACGAAGGAGUGAAAGAAAUCGCUGUUAAAAGUCCCGCUUUAGUAUCACCGACUUCAAGUAGGUCAGAAAUGCGCGAAUUACAAUACACUAGUGCGGUAAGAAAUGACAGUGUGUCAAUUACCGAACUACAAGAAUUGAAAAAUCAAAUUUUGGAGUUGUUAAAACAACCAGCAGAUGUCACAGCUUACGUAAAUCGCUUAACAUUUGCCCAAUGCACAUUUUUAUUGAGUGUUUAUUGGGUGGAAAUUCUCAGAAUUCAAAAUUCACCCGAACCGAGUCUAGUCCCGAUUAUUACCGAAUAUUUAUCCGAUUCGGCAUUGCAAAAAGACAAAUCGGGGAUGUGGGUUUGUGUCUCGGCUGUUGGUGAACGUGUCUUUGAGAAAUUCCUCGAAGUGAUGAAAAAUAAGCCGAAAGAUGAGGCGAGAGAGGCGGAGCUUGAAGGCCACGCCCAGUUUCUUCUCGUACAUUUCAACGACCCCCACAAACAGAUACGGAGAGUGUCCGAUAAGUUUCUAGUGAGUCUUUUUGAUCGAUUUCCUCAUUUGUUGUGGAGUAGAAAAGUGUUGUGGACAAUGCUUGAUAUAAUGCAAGUUUUGUCAACUUCGUUGCAUUUGGAUCCGAAUCAGGAAACGCCCACUUUGCGAAUCCCACGAACGGGAUAUUCCAUACAAUUGAUGGAUACGUUGGAGGCACGUGAGACUAUAGUUAAGCAUUUUGCGGCGAAUUCGGAACGACUUAUCAAAGAAGCCUUGAAAUGGGCACCACAAUGGACACGGUCACAUAUCCAAGAGUAUAUAACUCAAGUUCAGGGGGCGGGGCAAUGGCAACACUCCGGUUUGUCAUUGGCUCUUGAAACUAUCCUACAAUUUGGACCUUUAAACAUGUCAAGUGCACCGAUGAGUGUCUCAACAUUGGAAAAAAGGCCAAAAUGUGUUAAAAGUGAUUCGUCGAAAUUGAUGGUUUCAACGUCACUGAGGUGUAAAUACAUUGGAGAGGUUAUUGGAUUAUCGGCCGUUUAUGGUGUUGAAGGUAAAGAGAAAUUAAUUGAGUUUAUAAUGAAAAGGGUGUGGACGGCGUGUCAGGAAAGGUCCGAUUCUGAACAUCGAGAUGCCUUAUGGCAAGCCACAGCACUCUUAAUUUCCACGAAUGAGUUUCACCGAAAUUUGUUGCAUUGUAUUGCAUGGUCGCAGGUUGAGCUUUUCACCGUCGAGGCAAUGCGAACAGCUGUCGAAUGUUGGCAAUGGUUGAUCACAUCGCGACCGGAAGUCGAGCUUCGUUUCCUCCAGGAAAUGGUAUCGGCUUGGAAUUGCACCGUCCAGAAACGCAUGGGUCUUUUUGCGACCACUGAACCCAUGACAAGUCCAUUAGCGGCAUACGAAGGUGCCCGAUUAGAGCCGAACCCACCUUUCGUUAAACCACAUGGUAUUUGGGUACAAUUCAUCUGCGAAUUGAUCGACAACGUCAAGUAUAGUAGUUAUGAAAAAGUUGAAAUGUUGGCAAGCUUGAUACAUCGAUCAUUGGCGAUGUGUGUGGGGGCGGAUCCCCCGUGUCAAUCACGAUCAGUCUCCGCAGUAGGGGUCAGAUUUAAACUUUUGACAUGUGGCUUGUCAUUACUACAAGGGGACAUUUUACCGAAAAGUCUCGCUAAAAAUGUACUCCGAGAACGGAUUUAUUGCAGUUGUUUGGAUUAUUUCUGUAAACCGGUCACGUGUCCAUCUCAAACGUCAACUGAAUUACGCGAAGAUAUCACUACACUUAUCAGAUUUUGGCAAACUUUACACUCUGAUAAGAAAUAUUUGAAAGCUAGUGAUGUUGGUGAUUUAGAUCUUGGACAAAAUACACCACUAAUGGUUGAGAAUAACGAAUUAACGAAACCUAACGAUUUUAAUCGACCAACUUCGGGUUGGAUAAACACAGUACCACUCUCGAGCAGUACUGCCACCUUAAGUAAACGUUCAGCAAAAUCAAAACGUGUCCCAAUGGCCGAUAAUUUCGUCAAAUGUUAUCUCAAAAAAAGAAAUUUGAUUAUGGAUUUACUAACAGUCGAAAUUGAAUUUUUAAUUGUUUGGCUUAAUCCAACUUCACGACAAGAACAACAAAUUCCCGGUGAGGAGAAUAUAGCCUCAUGGAGGGCUAAAACAAUAACAGAGAAACAAUGGCAAGACUAUACGAGACUAGCAUGGGAUAUUUCACCAGUUUUGGCCACUUACUUGCCCACCAGAUUCAAAACAAAUGAAGCUAUAAUGAGCGAAAUUCGACAUCAAGUACAACAAAAUCCAGUUUGUGUGUCACACGUACCUGAAGCGUUACAAUAUUUGGCCACUACUAACGCCAUCUUGAGCGAUAGUACGAAACUAGUGCAUAUGUUGAUUUGGGCUCGGGUCUCCCCUAUCAAUGCUUUGGCCUAUUUCAGUCGACAAUUCCCCCCACAUCCUACAACAGCACAGUAUGCUGUGAAAGUUUUAAGUUCGUAUCCGGCCGAUGCUGUUUUGUUUUAUAUACCACAAUUGGUACAAGCACUACGACAUGAUACGAUGGGUUAUGUCACUGAAUUUAUUAAAUAUAUAGCGAAAAAAUCACAAAUUGUCGCACAUCAACUCAUUUGGAAUAUGAAAACUAAUAUGUAUUUGGAUGAGGAUAUGCAACACAAGGAUGUUGUUUUAUUUGACGUUUUAGACGCGUUGUGUAAUAGUAUUUUGGCCGAGUUGUCAGGACCAGCGAAACAAUUUUAUGAGAGAGAAUUUGAUUUCUUUGAUAAGAUUACUAGUAUUUCGGGUGAGAUACGGCCUUAUCCGAAGGGGCCCGAACGUAGAAGGGCGUGUCUCGAAGCGUUGAGAAAAAUUAAAGUGCAACCCGGUUGUUAUUUGCCCAGUAAUCCUGAGGCUAUGGUGGUCGAUAUUGACUACAACAGUGGCGUACCGAUGCAAAGUGCUGCCAAAGCCCCCUACUUGGCCCGUUUCAAAGUUUGUCGAUGUGGAAUAAACGAACUUGAGAAUAUCGCAAUGGCUGUGUCUGUCAAUGAGAACCAUGAACAGAAUUUUGGACCGGAAAUGUGGCAAGCGGCCAUUUUUAAAGUCGGCGAUGACGUCAGACAAGAUAUGUUGGCGCUACAAGUGAUUGGAAUAUUUAAGAAUAUUUUUCAAACAGUCGGUUUGGAUUUGUAUUUGUUUCCAUAUCGGGUGGUAGCGACAGCUCCUGGGUGUGGAGUGAUUGAAUGUGUACCAAAUGCAAAGUCACGUGACCAAUUAGGACGCCAAACUGACAUUGGAUUGUAUGAAUAUUUUUUGAAAAAAUACGGGGAGGAAAGUUCAAAGGAGUUUCAAAAUGCCCGCCGAAAUUUCAUCAUAUCAAUGGCCGCUUACAGUGUUGUCGGUUUUCUCCUACAAAUCAAAGAUCGUCAUAAUGGCAAUAUUAUGUUGGACACCGAUGGUCAUAUUAUCCAUAUUGAUUUUGGUUUUAUGUUUGAGUCGUCUCCAGGGGGUAAUUUGGGCUUCGAGCCCGAUAUUAAGCUCACAGAUGAGAUGGUUAUGAUUAUGGGGGGCAAAAUGGAGGCAGCCCCAUUUAAAUGGUUCUCGGAUUUGUGUGUCCAGGCUUAUUUGGCUGUUAGGCCCCAUCAGGAGGCUAUAAUUUCGUUGGUUUCUCUCAUGUUAGAUACAGGGUUGCCUUGUUUUCGGGGACAGACGAUUAAAUUGUUAAGGGGGCGCUUCCAUCCAGGGGCUACCGAUAAAGAAGCCGCCACUUAUAUGCUACAGAUUAUACGUAAUAGUUUCUUGAAUUUCAGAACAAGAACAUAUGAUAUGAUUCAAUAUUAUCAAAAUCAGAUUCCUUAUUAAGUGGGAGUAGUGGUUUUAGGAAUUUUUCUGUGAUCAGUGUUAAUAUUUAUUGGUGAUUAUAGUAAUAUAUAACAUAUUAGAGUU